GCAGCGUGAGGUUACAGAAGGCGCUUCAGAAGUCCGCCGCCUGGUGAGUUCUCAGACGACUUUUCGUGUCCUUCUUUUGGGAAACGCUUCACACCGUUUUCUAUCAAACACACGUCCGCGAGACCCUGCAGCUCCCCCGCCGUGACCUUUGACCCCCAAACGAUCAGUCUCUUUAAAGUCUCCCCAGCUGUGUGCGCAGUGCGGACACGAUGUUGAGAAGAGCCUCUUCGCAGAUCUUCAGGCAGGUGGUGAGAUACGGCAGCACGGACGCCAGCCUCAUCCUGGAGAGAUCGAUCAACCGCGUGCAGCUGUUGGGCCGAGUGGGUCAGGACCCCGUGAUGAGACAGGUGGAGGGUCGUAACCCGGUCACCAUCUUCUCGCUGGCGACCAAUGAAAUGUGGCGCUCUGGAGACGGAGAGACGAGCCCAACGGGGGACAUCAGUCAGAAGACCACGUGGCACCGCGUGUCUGUGUUCAAGCCCGGUUUGAGAGACGUGGCCUACCAGUACGUCAAGAAAGGCUCCCGGAUCCUGGUGGAGGGGAAACUGGACUACGGCGAGUACGUGGACAAGAACCAAGUCAGACGCCAGGCCACCACCAUCAUCGCAGACAACAUCGUCUUCCUGAGCGACAACGUCCGAGACCGGACAUGAAGCGCUCGCCGCCGCCGCCGCUCGGCAGGACGCCUUCUUCUUCUGGUCUCCAGUUUCAUACGGAAAGAAGAAUUGAGGGGACCCAUUUAACUACCCCACCCUUAACUAGAGGAACUGACGUACCCAAAGAGACGGGGGGGGGGCCGAAUAUGAUGAAACACCGGUUAUGUUUGGUGCCUCCUGCAGCACUCGAAGCAUCAAGAGAAGCAGAAAGCUUGUUGUAGUUUGAAUACACAUUCUGAUUGAUGGUUUUCAUUGUGAUUCUUGUACAUAAUCCUCAAAGAUGCAGAUUAGUCAAAGCAAACGUUUCACUUUGUUUAAAGCUAAACUUUCUUUUGCUUGUUUUUUUUUUUGUCCUCCUGUUGACAUCCCUGAAUUGUGCACACGUGUAACCGCACGUUGAUGUUGACCGUUAUCUACCAGUUUUCUGCUUUGUCAGUUGUCCUUUUAUCUGUUCAUCAUUUCCUUCUUUCGGCUCACUGCUGCUGCUUCAUUUCUCUGUAAUUGUUUGUAUAAUAGACUUUUUUACAGACUUAUUUUGUGUUCACAUUAUUCGUUCCUCUUGAAUCGCAGCAUGUUGGACUCAACUUGCGGGGUGCUGAUAGCUAGAAAGAACUCUGUGGAGGAAAAGAAUUUACAAGUAACCUUUAAAAACAAAUGACUACAAACAAGUAUUGCCCAGAAAAUGAGAAAUAUUUGCAUUUAAACAUAAAGGUGUGCUUGAUUAAACGUGAUGUCUUAAAAUGUUAUGUUUUUGCCAGUGGGCGUUGAUUGGCUGUUUCUCUGGCAGCGGGGGCGGGCUUAAGCCAAAGGUAUUCUUGGCUUAACUUGAUUCGUCGCAUU